GUCAGUUAACUCAUUAUGGGGUAACUGUUAGUAGUUUGAAAUAAAAGUCUACUCUAUUUUGUACAAAUAUAUUGAAAUUAAUUGGUAAACAUUUGUUUACAGAGUUCUUUUUAGUAUUUUGUAUAUCAAAGACUAACAAAAUAAUAAAAAUGGGUCUCCAAAAAUGCAGUGGCAGCGCCUUUUACCAAUACGUUGCCGGCUUCAGUGCUACGAUAGCCACGUUAGUUAGUGGAAUGCAAUAUGGCUGGCCAGCACCUUCCUUGCCACAACUGCUGGAUGACACAUCAUAUAUCCAUAUCGACGAAGAUAUUGGCUACUGGUUAGCAACUGCUCCUUUGCUAGGCGCUCUUGUAGGCUCUCUAUCUACUCCUCUAUUUCUUGACCGCAUCGGACGACACAAGACAAUUCUCUUGACUGGUUUACCUUACGUAUUAUCGUGGUUCUUGAUCUAUAUUGCCUCCAGCUACCAAGUAAUUUUGGCUGGCAGAGUAAUAGCUGGUGUUGCCGAUGGUUGGAUGUUUUGUUCAGUUCCAGUAUAUAUAGGAGAGAUCGCAGAGCCUAGAAUAAGAGGAUUUCUUGGAUCGAUGAUAUCAGUAUCGUAUAUUGGUGGUAUUCUACUUGUGGAUAUCAUUGGUUCAUUCUGUACUGUUCCAGUAACUGCACUAAUAUCAGCUGUGUUUCCAAUCGGCAUGGUUGUAAUAUUCUUUUUUAUGCCAGAGUCUCCAUAUUUUCUAGUAAUGAAAGGAGAUAACGAAGCUGCCAUAAAGAAACUACAAAUUUUAAGAGGGACGAAUAAUGUAGAAAAAGAAAUUGUCAGAAUUCAAGAAGGUAUCCAAGAAGAAAAAUCAGUUAAAUCAAACCCACUUGAUUUGUUCCGUAUACCAAGUAACAGAAAAGCUCUAUUUAUUAUACUAGCUCUAAGAGUAUGCCAAGAGUUUAGUGGUGAUUCCGCUAUUACCUUUUACACUCAGAAUAUUUUCAAAGAAGCCGGAACAAAUAUUCCUGAAGACAUAGCAUCCAUAAUCCUGUUUGUAAUCGAGUUGGUAGUCACAAUAGUGGCUGCUUCGCUUGUAGAUAGAUUUGGUCGUAGACCCCUGCUGAUCUUCUCAGCUAUUGGAGCUGCCAUUGCAUUACUCGUAGAAGGAAUUUACUUCUAUCUGAAGAUAUGUACCGAUCUGAACUUAAGUGACUUUAAUCUGGUUCCGCUGGUAGCUCUUAUAUGCUUCGUGGUAUGUUUCGGAUCAGGACUCAAAGUAAUACCUAUGCUUAUGUUGGGUGAACUAUUUCCUGCUAGCGUCAAGGCUGCUUCUGUGGCUGUAGCUGAUCUUUCAGUUGCUGCGUUUGUUAUGACGGUGUCUAAAUACUUCCAAUUCACCAGAGAUCAUUUUGGAAUGCACGUCCCUUUUAUUUCGUUUGCAGUAUUUUGUACAAUUGGAUUGUUGUACAUUAUUUUCUGUGUACCUGAGACCAAAGGAAAGACAUUGGAAGAGAUUCAGGACAAUCUCAAAGGACGAAAGAAGAUUGAUGAGAAAAAUAUUGAAAGUAGAUUAAGUUCUGUUCAUAAAAGUGUACAUAUGUAAACUUUAAUAGUAAAACGAGGAUCUCGAAUCAACAGAACUGAUAUUUAUGUAUUGUUAUUUAUAUAUUUAUUAUUUAUUAUUGAAUAAAUAUUUUUAUUAU